CGGAGCUGAGGGCGCAGGCAGCGCGCAAGGAGAGCGCAGGCAGGGGCGCAAGCAGGGUGCAGGCAGGGUUACAAGCAAAGUGCAGGCGGGGGGGCAAGCAGGGGUGCAAGCAGGGGCGCAAGCAAGGCGCAGGCAGGGGUGAAAGCAGGGGCACAAAUAGAGUGCAAGCAGGGGCGCAGGCAGGUGCAGGCAGGGGUGCAGGCAGGGUGGAAGCAGCGUGCGCCCCUGGGCGCCUCGAUGGGACUGUGGCUGGGGCAGCCGGGAGCCCCCCAGUCCCUCGCUCCCCUCAGCUGAGCACAGGAAGGUGCUUGAGAGGGAUCCCAAGCGCCCUGGCGCGCAGCCUGUGCCCGCUCCCCCGCUGCCCAUCCCUGAUGGUGCAAUCGCCAGCUAUGGGCUGUGCCCCUCGCUGCAGCGGCGCUGGGCAUUAGAGCUCCUGCCACGCCGGGAGGCAGGCGGGUAGAAAGCUCAUCCCGUGGGCUGUCGCUUCUCUGAGCCUCAUGGUCAUUUAAUAGUUCACCCAUUAACUUGGACUAAUAAACCUUGUGGGAGCGAGAGGCUAAAAGCUGUGCCGGCUGGGCAGCACCUCCUUCGCGAGCACUGCUCCCACGGCCCCGCCAUGGCGGCUGGAUUCUUCAUCAGCAAGAGCGUGGGCAUUGUGGCCAUCGUGCUGGGCCUGGGCGCCGUGGCCACCAUCAUCGCCCUCUCGGUGGUGUACGUGCAGGAGAAGAACAAGGUGACGAAUCCUGGCACCGCUGACACCACCACCACAACUGUCCCUGACACCACCACCACGACUGUCCCUGACACCACCACCACGACUGUCCCCCCCACCACGGUCGAGCUGCCCUGGAACCGAUGGAGGCUGCCAACAACGCUGGUCCCGGAAUCCUACGAGGUGACUCUGCAGCCCUUCCUAACGCCCAACGCCAACAACAUGUACAUCUUUGAGGGCAACAGCAGCGUGAUCUUCCUCUGCAAGGAAGCCACCGACCUCAUCCUCAUCCACAGCAACAAGCUGAAUUACACCAUGCAAGGCUCCUUCCACGCCUCACUGCAGGCAGUGGACGGCUCCAGCGUGCCCCCCAUCACCAGUACCUGGCUGGAGACCCCCACCCAGUACCUGGUGGUGCAGCUGGGGGGUCUGCUGACGCAGGGCCAGCGCUACAAGCUCUUCAGCAUAUUCACCGGGGAGCUGGCUGACGACCUGGCCGGCUUCUACCGCAGCGAGUACACGGAUGAGCUGGGCACCAGGAAGGUGGUGGCCACUACGCAGAUGCAGGCGGCCGAUGCACGGAAAGCCUUCCCCUGCUUCGAUGAGCCAGCCAUGAAAGCCAACUUCACGGUGACGCUGAUCCACCCCUCCAACCACACGGCUCUUUCCAACAUGCCCAUCAGUGACACCCAGCAGCUGCAGAUCAACAGUGAGAGCUGGAAUGUCACCAAAUUUGAGACCACCCCUAGAAUGUCCACUUAUCUGCUGGCCUUCAUCGUCAGUGAGUUCAGCCACGUGCACACCACCGCGGGGAAUGUACUGAUCCGCAUCUGGGGCCGCCCUACAGCCAUCGCCGAGGGCCAGGGCAACUAUGCACUCCAGGUGACUGGCCCCAUCCUCAGCUUCUUUGAGGACCACUACAACACAACGUACCCGCUGCCCAAGUCCGACCAGGUUGGCCUCCCCGACUUCAAUGCGGGCGCUAUGGAGAACUGGGGGCUGGUGACCUACCGGGAGAACUCUCUGCUCUUUGACGAUGCCUACUCCUCCAUCAGCAACAAGGAGCGGGUGGUGACGGUCAUCGCCCAUGAGCUGGCGCACCAGUGGUUUGGGAACCUGGUGACGCUGCGCUGGUGGAAUGACCUGUGGCUGAACGAGGGCUUCGCUUCCUAUGUGGAAUACCUGGGUGCCGACUCAGCAGAGAAAUCCUGGCACAUUAAAGACCUGAUGGUGCUGAACGAGCUGUACACGGUGAUGGCGACGGACGCCCUGGCCACCUCCCACCCACUUUCGUUCCCCGAGGAUGAAAUCAACACCCCGGCCCAGAUCAGCGAGGUCUUUGACAGCAUCGCCUACAGCAAGGGAGCGUCGGUGCUUCGGAUGCUCUCUGACUUCCUCACUGAUGAUGUGUUCAAGAAGGGGUUGCAGUCCUACCUCCACAACUUUUCCUACUCAAACACUGUCUACACGGACCUAUGGCUUCAUUUGCAAGAGGCUGCCCGGGAGAACAACAUUGUGCUGCCCUACAACGUCAGCCACAUCAUGGACCGCUGGACACUGCAGAUGGGCUUCCCUGUGGUGACCGUCAACACCCUCACUGGCACUGUCAACCAGAGCCACUUCCUGCUGGACCCCAACUCCGUGGUGGAGAGACCCUCUGCCUUCAACUACAUCUGGAUUGUCCCCAUCACCUGGAUGACACCUCAGGGCUCUGGGGACAGGUACUGGCUGACCCAAGUCUCAGAAACUAAAGACCAGUUCAAGGUGAACAGCCCGGACUGGCUCCUGCUGAACCUGAACGUCAGUGGGUACUUCCGUGUCAACUACAACCAGGAGAAUUGGAACCAUCUCCUCAACCAGCUCUCCACCAACCAUCAGGUCAUCCCUGUGAUCAACCGUGCCCAGAUCAUCGAUGACGCCUUUAACCUGGCCAGGGCCAAAUACAUCAACGUUACUUUGGCUUUGCGCACCACACGGUUCCUGAGCAAUGAGACGGAAUACAUGCCCUGGGAGGCAGCGCUGAACAAUCUCCACUACUUCCAGCUGAUGUUUGAUCGCAGUGAGGUCUUUGGAGUGAUGACGAAAUACAUACAGAAGCAGGUGACGCCUCUCUUCAACUACUACAAGAACAUCACCAACAACUGGGUCUCCAUCCCCAGUGGCUUGAUGGACCAGUACAAUGAGAUCAACGCCAUCAGCACAGCCUGCUCCUACGGCAUCACCGAGUGCCGGGACCUGGCCACCAGCUACUUCAGCCAGUGGCAGGCCAAUGUCACCAACAACCCGAUCCCUCCGAACCUGCGCUCCUCCAUCUACUGCAGCAUCGUGGCCACAGGCGGGGAGGAGGCCUGGAACUUUAUCUGGGAGAGGUUCAGAGAGGCCACUGUUGUGUCGGAGUCUGACAAGCUCCGCACAGCGCUCUCCUGCAGCACGCAGCCCUGGAUCCUCAAACGGUAUCUGGAGUACACCCUGGACCCCAGCAAAAUCCGCAAGCAGGAUGCCACCUCCACCAUCAACAGCAUUGCCAGCAACGUGGUGGGGCAGCCCUUGGCCUGGGACUUCAUCUGCGACAACUGGAGGACGCUCUUCAGCCAGUACGGGGGCGGCUCCUUCUCCUUCUCCCGGUUGAUUUUAUCAGUGACCCAGCGGUUUUCCUCGGAGUUUGAGCUGCAGCAGCUGGAGCGGUUCAAGGCAGACAACCAGGACAUCGGCUUUGGGUCGGGGACACGGGCGUUGGAGCAGGCGCUGGAAAGGACACGUGCCAACAUCAACUGGGUGAAGGAGAACCAGGGCACGGUGCUGGCCUGGUUCCAGGGCGAGACUUCCAGCUAACUGUGUGGCCAUGAUGCCAUGAAGCCUCCUCCUGGCCCGGCUGGCGCCCGAUGGGCUGGCGGGGCCAAACCCGAACCUCCUGCAGCCCACAUCCCACCGGACCCUCACCACUUCCCAAAUCCAUGCACUCCAUUCUCUCCAUCCCUAACGCUUCCUCCCAGUGUCCCCUGCCAGCCCGUUCCGCACCAGCCCGGCCACAUCCGUUUCUGCUCGUGAGGGGCAGGGGCUGCUGCCUGUAUGAUGGGCAGUGCAGAUGGGCCGGGGGGCUUUAGGCCGGGGGGGUCCCUGCUGCCCUGGGCAGCACUGGGUACUGCAGGCAUGUGCAAAGCCGUGUGUGUGUGUGUGUGUAAAUAAAG